AUGGCACUGACUUUUUCUGGUUCUCCACAGCUGUUCACCUUCUACUCGGGAUCAAAGUCUGGAACUGGACACUGCACCAUCAAGCUUCCCUUUGCUUCUAACAUGUCUACUCUCCGCCGGACAAAGCAACUACUGCUCCAGGCACAAGAGAAAAACAUUCACCAGAGUGUCAAGAAAUGGGCAACAACUCUUCCCUGGGGAACUGAUUUUGCUGACGAUAUUAGCGAUAGUUUGGAUGAGCAAACUAUCCACAACUCAUUCACUUCAACAACUGGUGUAUGCACCAACACUGAAGGCUAUCAAGAAGAGGAAUCUAACUCUUACUCUGCUACUUCAACUGUGGACCUUGUUUCUCCAUCAGUGGUCAUGGAUGGAUCAGUGCAUGAUGGCUCAAACUCAUGGAGUCAGCAAGACAUGGCUUCCGGAAAUCAACUUCUGGAGGAUCCCAGAGAUGAGGCAGACGGUUCGAACUUUUCAGAUGCUGAUGAGGAGUCAGGUGUAACGAUCCGAAGGCGAGUGUUCUCUCUCUUGUACUUAGACGACGAGUACCCUCCAAGACCCGUGGUGCCAAUUGGCCCUGGAUUCCAGGCGGAAAUUCCCGUAUGGGUGGGCCCGUGCACCAAAAAUAAUUACAAUACUUCAGAAAGCGUGAAAUAUGCAGGCACCCGCGUUUGGCCUAUCGAAGACGGAAUCAAUGAUACCCUACUGGGAAGCAAUGGACAAGAAAGGCAUAAGCUUUGCUCUUGUAAGUCACCAGGAUCAGCUCACUGCAUCAAAAGGCAUGUGUAUGAAUCAACAUUGGACUUAAAGCUUGAUCUUGGCCCGGCUUUCCGGAUUUGGAAAGUCGAUGACAUGGGAGGGGAAGUCUCGAGGACAUGGACAAUGAGAGAAGAAAAUCAGUUCGACACGCUCAUGAAAACAAAUCCGCUGGUGAACCAGGCAAGCUUCUGGGACAAAGCGUUGAAGUGCAUUCCGACCAAGAGUAAGGACAGCAUCUUGAGUUACUAUUACAAUGUGUUCGUCCCCACACGAAUUACCACGCAGUUGAGCUCGUCGACCGAGCGAAUUAUCAGUGACAAUGACGAGCCCGAGUCUGAAGAAUGA